UGUCCUACGUGAGUAGCGAUGCUCAAACUGGUAAUGAGUACCACCAGCGGUAAAAAAUAUAUAUAUUGGAAGUAAAACUUUUAUUACUUAGUGAGCUCUAUGUGUGUAUUACUGCGGGUUGUAUUUGGUGUAAAAAGUUUGAGCACCACUGUUUACGUAAUUACGCAAUUACAUCAUGACGCAAUUGCAACGUAGUUUGGGACGUUUUAGCAACAAAUAGACCCGAAAAUGAGUUGGCAACGGCAAAAUUCUUCAACGUUAUGGCGGCUCAGGCUCGCGCUGUGGUCUCAGCCCAGUGGGUAGCGGACGCAAUCAGAAACGGCCUCAUAGGCUCCAAGAUUCGGAUCCUGGACUCGUCGUGGUACCCCCCGGUAACCAAACGGGACCCGAAAGCGGAGUUUGCGGAGAAGCACAUCCCGGGCUCUUCGUUCUUCGACAUGAUCGAGUGCAGCGACAGGAGCUCACCUUACUGCCACACUCUGCCCACCAGCAGCCACUUUUCUCGCUACGUGGGCGAGCUGGGCAUCGGCAACGACACGCACGUGGUGGUGUACGAUGCCCACGACCUGGGCUUGUACACCGCGCCCCGCGUCUGGUGGAUGUUCCGACUGUUCGGCCACAACUCGGUGUCGGUGCUGGACGGCGGCAUGAAGAACUGGUUGGCCGAAGGGCGCCCGGUGACGUCGGAACAAGUAAAGCCGGAGCGCAGAGACUUCCAGGUGACCACGAAGCAUGCUUGGGUGAAGACGUACGAGGACGUGCUGGACAACAUCGGCACCGAGAAGAUCCAGGUGGUGGACACCAGGCCUGCGGGAAGGUACACGGGGCUCGAACCGGAGCCCAUUGAGGGUACGCUACCGGGCCACUUCCCCGGUGCAGUCAACUUGCCAUUUACUUCCUUCCUGGAAGCCUCUGGGAAGUUUCUUGCCAGCGAAGACCUCUCCAGACGGUUCAGGGAAGCGGGGCUCAAAGUGGAACAGCCGCUGUGGGCCACCUGCUCGUGUGGCGUGACGGCGUGCUUUGCUGUUCUGGUUGCUCAGCUGCUCGGGCACCCGGGCGUGUGCCUUUACGACGGCUCCUGGUCCGAGUGGUUUAAAAGGGCAUCUCCUGAGAACAUCAUCUCAGAGGGAGAGGGAAAGAAAAUGUGAGGCAGUCGACUCGGUCAGAUGAGGCUGGAGUCAGUGAGGUGUGUUACAAGUGAAUUAAACAAUUGCAGAUUAAACUGCAUUCGUGAUUUGUUGCAGUUUAAUGAUAUAAUUUGUGCACAAUUAAUUUUUUACUCAAGCAGCCUUCAUAGUUGACCAUUGCAACAGUCUGCAGAAACAUGUAGUGAACCACAUUACCCCUCUCUGCAAAUAAUUUAUUGCAGACUAAACAAGAAAUGUUUGCAGUGCAUAAAGCAAUCUUUUAUGUUUUUUUUUUUUUUUUUAAUAAGAAGGGUACUCUUUUUACAAAUGACGUGUGAAAUGUCUUCUUUCAGUUAUCUUGUAUGAUCCCAGUUCAAGUUUUUCAUUCUCGUUUGUGGCUCUCCUUAUUCAUUAACUACUUUAGAAAAGUAAAUGUUCAGCUUUUGGGGGCAUAGCUUGCAGAGAGCCUGCAUAUCAAAUAUAGUUUGUAUCACCAUAUUUUAUGUCAUUAAAUAAAAUGUGAAUUACUGGGACAUAAGCUUUUCCGUUGUUGCUGUUUUCUCCCCCAACAACUGUUUCAUGUCAACAAAGCUGAGCUGUGCAAAUAAGGAAAAAGCUCAAAAGCUUUCUUUGAUCCUAUUU